AUGCUACUUCAAGAUGAAGAAGAAUACUGUGGUUUUACCAUAGGUAUUGUAGCACAUGAGAAUCUCACACAAAUACAUUACGUAACUCCAGUGAAGGAGCUGGAGCUUGUGGAGGAUGUGUGGAGAGGAGAAGCCCAGGAUCUGCUGUCCCAGAUCACACAGCUGCAGGAGGAAAACAAAACACUGCUCAACAACCUGUCCGUCAAAGAGUGUCCAAUGACGGAAGAGGAUAUACAGAAACAGGAAGGCAUGACCGAGAGGGAACGGCAGGUGAUGAAGAAGCUGAAGGAAGUUGUAGAUAAACAGCGAGACGAGAUCCGUGCCAAAGGCCGCGAGCUGACGCUCAAAAAUGAGGACAUUGAAGCGCUCCAGCAGCAGUUGAACCGGCUGAUGAGGAUCAACCAUGACCUGAGGCAUAAGAUCACGGUGGUGGAGGCCCAGGGUAAAGCGCUGAUCGAGCAGAAGGUGGAGCUGGAGGCGUCUGGUCAGGCACGGCAGCAGGAGAUGGGUAACCUGCGACAGGAAGUGUCCCGUCUUAAGGAGCGGCUUAAAGAGCAGGGCAAGAUCAGUGCUGAGACGGAGGAGCCUGUAGGACCACCUUCACCUGCACAGUCGUCUAAAGCGGCCCCUUCCUGGGGUCAGGAUUUAGCUUCUGAGCUCCUCGCUGGGGGCCUGGAGAUAGAGGAAGGUCCCCUCCAUUUCAUCCCCCACACCGGGGCCCCAGGAGCCCUGACAGAUGACGGUGAGGAGGAGAAGGACGAUGAAGAGGCUGCGUUUUCAUGGGAGGCGCUGUGUGAUGACGACAUAUCCUCUAUAGAUCCAAAAGACCCGAACCGCCCGCGAUUUACCCUGCAAGAGCUGCGUGACGUCCUGCAUGAGCGCAAUGAGCUGAAAGCUAAAGUCUUCAUGCUGCAAGAGGAAAUCGCAUAUUACAAAAGUGACGAACAGGAAGAGGAAACAGACACGCCGCUCCCAGAUGCGUCUCCAACCCUCAGGCCAAGCUCGCGCUCCAACUUUCAGCCCGAGUCGGGGAUAAAACGACUGUUUAGCUUCUUUUCCCGCGACAAAAACCGAGGCUCUCAGAGGAGGAUGCCGCAGAUGGGUGACGGCUUCGGCUCGUGGGCGGGGAAAGAGGACGUGUACACAGAACAGGCCCAGGAAGCAUUACAGCACAUGUAACGAACACAACGCUCCACUAACCGCUAACCUGCACCAUGUGACCGUAUGCCACGUUUACGCUCCCUUUCAUGGUCACUUUCACAGCACUACGUCUGCAAGCAGAUGAGACAAGAGCUCACAAAGGGAACAUGGGGGACGGGGCCGUUUAGAGUUACUGAUAGAUUGUGGCCCUCACCUUCGCCCAGAGAUACUGUGAGGGAGUUUUAUGUGCCUAUUUUGUUCGAUAGAUAGACAUUUUAUUGCUAUUGCAAACGACAAGUUACUGUAAGUAGACGAAUAGAUUUCAGACAGUAUUCUGAUGACGUUUAAAGAGAAGAUGCCUUCAGUAGAUAAGAUACAUAUCUAUUUUUAAUUCAAAUUGAAUUAUGAGUGAAAAUAUGCACAUGGCUGAAGAAAAAAUGUGAGAUUUAAAUUGAGUUGCUACGCCCAGGCCAGAGAUUGUCUGAAAAGGAUGGUGGCCUUAUAUGUUGAAUUAUGUUUAAAACUUUUUUUUUUUGAAAUUGCACAGUAGCCUGAUUCUUUUGGCACACAGAAUUUAAAGGAAUAUCAAGUAUUCAUUUCUACUGACAUCCUUUAUGUCAUGCUGUGUUAUCACAGAAAAUAAUUUUAACUUGUCCCUCAGUUUGUAACAACAAACAUUGUAUUUAAAGUAAUGUAUUUGAUAUAGAGGUGUAUGGGGCAAAACAUUAAGAUCAGAGAAAUGUGCCUCUCAAAAAGCCCUUUUAUUAACUCUCAUGUUUUUGCAGUGAAUUGUGUUUUGUAGGAAGAGGAUACUUUACCAUUCAAUGUAAUGUAAAAACAGUAAUAUUGUGAAAUAUUAGCACAAUUUAA